GAAUUUUGCUAUAUAAAAACUCAGGUCAGGAGCGAAAGUAGACAACAGUUAACUAGCAGAGCUCUCAAGGGACAGUGCUAUCACAACAACAACAACUUCGACUCAUCUUGCGCUUCAUUUGCUUCACAAGGAUCAUUCAAACAACAACAACAGCUGACAUCAUGCCUGAGAAACAAGUUGCACCUGUUAUCAGUCGCCUGGAGGAGUUCGAACAGAAUCUGCCCGGAUAUCUGAACACACAUUCGAAGCUGGCCAUUCUCCUCGAUUACGACGGCACCUUGGCGCCCAUUGCAUCGAAUCCGAGCAAGACCAAGAUGCCCGUCGAACUGGAGGCGAUACUCCACAAGUUGGCCAAGCAUCCGCAAAUCUUCCUCGCAGUCAUCUCAGGACGUGCCCUGAAGGAUGUGCAGGCGCAUGUGAACAUCGAUGGCGUCACCUAUGCCGGCAAUCACGGACUGGAGAUCGAGUAUCCCGAUGGAUCGCGUCACGAUUACGAGUUGCCCGCAGACAUUAAGAAGAACUACACUGCGAUGGUGCAGGAACUAAAGCAAAAGGUGGAGAAGAAUGGAGCCUGGGUGGAAGAUAAGCGAGUCUCUCUCACUUAUCACUAUCGCGAUACUCCCGUCGAGUUGAAGGAUGAACAGAAGCGUCUGGCCACGGAGAUCUGUCAACGUCACGGCUUCCGGGCGAAUCAGGCUCAUGAGGCCAUCGAGGCAAAGCCGCCAGUUGAUUGGAACAAAGGCGAGGCGGCUCUUUACAUACUAAAGAGCAAGUUUGGCAAAGAUUGGGCGGAACAAGUUCUGGUUGUGUUCGCUGGAGAUGAUACCACCGAUGAGGAUGCCAUGAGAGUACUCCAAGGCUUGGGCAGAUCCUUCCGCAUUGCAGCCGAUGAUAAAAUCGAAACCUUUGCCGACUUCCGUCUGCCCAAACAGGAUGUGAUGACUGAUCUGCUCCAGUGGAUAGCUCGCGUCUAUGCCUAGAAAUAUGAAUACGUGAAUUAAUUGCUUAGUUAUUUAAUGAAUUUACUCGUAUGUGUAAGCUCAAAUUUGAAGUUUAAUUUUAAAUGUUGUUAGCUUUAUUUACAAACAAUUAAACAGCUUUACAUUUAGUUGAUACACUUAAACACAUAAUUUUGUAUAUAAACAAA